CACACACUCACAUCCUCACCCUCCUUCAGCCCCACCGCCUUCACCAUGGCUACCUCCGCCUUGUCUGUCUGCUCCAGUGACCUGAGCUAUGACUGUCCAGAGAGCUGCUGCCAGCCCUCCUGCUGUGCCCCCAGCUGCUGCACCCCAGCCCCCCGCCUGGCCCUCCUCUGCGCCCCAGUGAGCUGCGAGUCCAGCCCCUGCUGCCAGCCAGCCUGCAGCAGCUCCUCCCUGGCCUUGGGCUGCAAGCAGUCUAGCUGCCAGCCCUCCUGCUGCACCUCCUCCCCCUGCCAGCAGGCCUGCUGUGAGCCCGUCUGCUGCAGGCCCGUCUGCUGCACUCCUGUCUGCUGCAGGCCUGUCUGCUGCACUCCUGUCUGCUGCAGGCCCGUCUGCUGCACUCCUGUCUGCUGCAAGCCCGUCUGCUGUGAGGCCUCCCCCUGCUCAGCCCCCUCGUCCUGCUGCAAAUCUUCCUCCUCUGUGUCCCUCCUCUGCCGCCCCGCCUGCUGCGUGCCCGCCUCCUCCUGCCAGCCCAGCUGCUGCCGCCCAGCCUCCUCUGUGUCCCUGCUCUGCCAGCCCGUGUGCUCCCGCCCAGCCUGCUGCAUCCCCACCUCAGCCCCGGAGCCCUGCUGCUGACCUGGCACAUCCUCUCAGGGCCACCCAGGUGCUAUGGGCCACUCCAUCCCCCUCUGUUGCCAGCCUCUGGCCCCCUUCAGGAUCUGACCAAGACCUGCAUGAACAUGCACUGACCUGAAACCCCAACAAGCAGGGCUUAGCUCACCUGCAGCCUCUGGGCCAGGCCCAGAUGAACCCGAGACAGCCCCAUGUUACCGAGGGUCCACAGGCUUCUCCCAACAGCCACGGACACUGCUUUCCCCCCAGCCUUUGGGGGCCUUGCUCUCUUCUGUCUCUGCCCCUCCUGUGCUGUGUACCGUCCUCCCACGAGGGUCUUGAGCUGAGUGAAUAAACUCGCCAUCCUUGC